AGUUCAAGCAAAAGAGUAACGAACUUGAACAGGAAAUUAAAGAUGGCAGGAUUCACCCACCGGCUCCUUUUCUCCUAUCUUUUGCUUUUAAUAUGCGGCCAUGGCAUCGAUGGAGCCAGGGAUGUCAAGCCUUAUGGAUGGAAUUGGAGAGACACCCCAAGAGACCUUGAAGGGAAAUUCUCAAUUUCCGACUUCCACAAAACAGUGAACAUCGCCUCACCAGAAAAGACUUCUCUUCGAGCUCUUGUGGAGAAGUACUCCCUUCGUGAUCAUUCCCAUGACAACAUGGAGAACUCCAAGGGAGGCUUGUUCACUGUCGAUGAGCUGCAUAACAAUUUCCAUCCGGGAAAAUUGUUACCAAUCCUCUUUCCUAACAAAGACCCUGCUACAUCUCCUUUCUUGCCAAAGAAAGUAGCUGAUUCCAUCCCUUUCUCGUCUUCAAAGCUUCCAGAAAUCCUCCAGUUGUUUUCGAUUCCUCCAGGUUCUUCCCUGGCCAAGGCCAUGGAGGAUACGCUUCAAAAAUGUGAAAUUGCACCUGGCAAGGGAGAGACCAAGACUUGUGCUACCUCCCUGGAAUCCAUGGUUGAUUUUGUUAGCGGUGCCUUUAAAGGGGCGCCUCAAGAUACCAGAUUUGUUACAACAACACACCCCACAAUGUCAACUGCUUCAUUACAAAACUACAGGGUUUUGGAAACCCCAAAAGAGAUUAAAUCUUUCAGGAAAGUAGCUUGCCACCCCAUGCCUUACCCUUACGCAGUUUUCUUCUGCCACUAUGAUGAGGAUUCAAGCGAGACCAGGGUUUUCAAGGUGUCAAUGGUUGGUGAGAACACCAAAGACAAAGUAGAUGCUGCUGCCGUUUGCCACAUGGACUCCGCUAGCGCCGCCCUUCUUAACCUCACAGACAAGCAAGGCAAAUCUCCAAUGUGCCACUUCUUCUCUGCCGGGGAUCUGAUUUGGGUUCAGUGAUGACCAUGCCAAUAAUAUAUCACCUAAGUGGCUUGCUUUAAGAGGUUGCUUCUCUCUGUCUUGUCAUGCAUGAUGCCUAUAUGUGAUUCCCAGGUGUCCCUACAUGUAUGGGCGCUACUUUCGUGCUUGGUGUUUGUAUAUUUAUAUAUUUAUAUAUGGAUAUGUACAAAUAAAAUCUGAUGACGCAUGAUAUAUUAGGAAGGAUAUGAGAUUCAGAGGCUUGCAAUUGUGCCAACUUGUGUUGUAUAAAUGGAAAAAUAUGGCACUAAUUUGUGUUA